AUGGGAGGAAAAGGUGGAAAAGGAGGAAAAGGAUUAGGAAAAGUUGGAGCAAAGAAAAGACAUAGAAGAGUUAUAAGAGAAAACAUCCAAGGCAUUACUAAGCCUGCCAUUAGAAGAUUGGCAAGAAGAGGAGGUGUUAAAAGACUCUCAGGAUUAGUCUAUGAUGAAACAAGAAACGUACUUAAAGUAUUUUUGGAAGGUGUUGUAAGAGAUGCUGUAACCUAUACUGAGCACGCAAGAAGAAAGACUGUGACAGCACUUGAUGUAGUUUAUGCCCUUAAAAGACAAGGAAGGACACUUUACGGAUUUGGAGGCUAA